AUGGACCUCACCGCGGUCAACGACGCCCAGCGAUACUUGAGCGCGAACAGCCUGGGGAGCCAGGAGGGCAAGAUGCCCGGCGAGGGCGGCGGGUCGAAGCUGGACGAUUCGCAGUUGCAGCGCACCGCGAUGCGCCUCGAGGGCUUCGAGAGCUACAGCACUCUGGCAGCCUUGUUCACUGGCUUCUCCAUGCAGCUACUUUCUUCUGCCAUCAUGACAGAUCAGGUCGAAGGUCAUUCUCCCAUGACGUUCCUCGUCAUCAUGUUCAGUUCCAUCGGCACGCUUUUGGCCUUGUAUUCCACCAUCGUGUUUGCGCUCUGCUGCCUCUACGGGAAGGCGAGCCUGGGCCUGAACAACGACAGUGGUUACCUGACGUUCAUCACGUCCACGGCUGUGUAUCGGGAGCAGGCUUUCGCGUCGCUCCUCUGUUCCAUGAUGAGUUUGUGUGCCACGCUCAUGGCUUUACUCGCUUUGAGGUGCCCUUUGGGCAUGUCUUGCAUUAUCAACGCUGGUUCUGCAUAUUUCUGCUGGAAGUGCCAGGACCACGUGCGGAACAUCAUGGCCGCUGCCCGAGAUCAUGUCUACUGCUAG